GAGGUGGAGACCCAAACUAGAGAGGGUGACGUUCAGCCUAAGCCAGGCCCAGGAGUUUGGAGAGUACUUCACUGACGGAUUUCCUGUCUUUUAUCACUCCAUUACAGUCUUGGCAGAUGGCAAAACCCUCUCCCUACUGUAUUUCUGGGUAAAAAGCAAGUUUUCAUGAGGAUACACCUGCAUCAACCAGUGGACCAGAUAUUGAUCAAGAGGGAAGGAAAAAAAAAAAAGACUAGAGAAUCACAAAGAAGAGCUCUCAUUUUCCCAGGGCUGUGACCAGCUUCUCCUAGACUUCCUUUCCACUCUAGCACUUCUGGAAGGAGGUUCAGGCUCCUCACUUCCUUGACAAGGCCAGUAUGGAUAGAGAAACUACCUUUGCAACCUUGCUGUUGGCUCUGCAGUUGGUUCUAUUGCCUGCUAUGACCAGAGGAAAGGAGCUGAUAUUGGGUGAGGCUGGGAAUAAUGUUGAAUUGCCUUGUAAGGCUUCAAAGAGAGAAAACAUGGAUUUUACAUGGAAACAACCGGACCAACUUGUGCUUCUCAAGGGCUUCAGAAAAGUAUUACCAUCGAAGGUGAUAGGAACCACAAAAAAGAAAGAUAGAAUAGAUUCCUCAACAAAUGAAUGGGACCGGGGCAGUUUUCCUCUAAUCAUCAAGAAGCUGGAGAUGACAGACUCUGGGACCUACUUCUGUGAGGUGGAGGACAAGAAGCAGGAAGUCCAGCUUCUGGUGUUCAAGAUGACUGCCAACCCAAGUGACUCUGUGUUUUCUGGAAGCAACGUGACUUUAACCUUGCAUGGCACUUCCACCUAUCCUGGACUCAAGGUGGAAUGGAGUGGUCCAGGAGAUACAAGUAAAAGGAUCCCGAGGAAGGACAAGAAAACUCUGGACUUGAUCCAUAUGGGACCCAAUGAAGGAGGUUCCUGGGUCUGUACCGUCUCUGUGAAUGACAAAACCCUGAAACUGAGCAGCAGAAUCACAGUAUUUGGUUUCACAUCAUCUUCCCAGACCUUCUAUGAGCUGAUGGGAAGUGCUGCUGAAUUCUCCUUCCCUCUGAGUUUAAAUGAGCAGAAGUUGAACGAGUUGCAGCCAAACGGAGAACUGAGGUGGCAGGUGGAAGGUGUUGCCUCUCCCCCACAGUCAGCCAAAUUUCCGUGGAAGGAUCAGACCUUAACCAUGGAAAAAGGGAGUCCAAUUUUCAAGCUGCGUGUUUCCAAGCUACCAGUCACGAUGACUCUCUUCCCAGUCUUGCCCCAGCAUGCUGGCUCAGGAGUCUUCUUACUGAAGUUUUCUUCAGGGACCCUGGAACAGAAGGUCAACCUUGUGGUAAUGAGAGCUAUGUCCCGAGAAUCACCACAUCAGCAAUUGUCCUGUGACGUGCUGGGUCCCAUAAUCCCUGGGCUGACGCUGAGAUGGAUGCUAGAAAACCAGACAGAAAAAACCCUGGAAGUCUCAAAGGAGCAAAGACAGCUGGAGGUGAAGGAGCCAAAGGAUGGGACGUGGGAAUGCCAAUUGCUAUCCCAGAAUCAGAGACUACUUAAAUCAGAUUCCUUCAAACUGACAGCAAAGCAGGAGUGGCACCUACCCUUUCAUCUGGGCAUCGGCCUGGGUGUAGGAGCAAGCCUGCUGCUUAUCUCUGGGCUAUGUAUAUUCUGUUGUGCCAGACGAAGGCACAGGCUGCGUCGAGCAGAGCGGAUGUCUCAGAUAAGGAGGCUCCUGAGUGAGAAGAAGACCUGUCAGUGUCCUCAUCGUUUUUAGGAAAACUAUAUUCUGAAGAGCUGAAUAUGGAAGAAGACUUGCCUGAUUUGUGAAAAUCCUCCUUCACUACCUUAGCCUACUGGGAAGAGAAGAGAAGGUGAAUGUAGGAGGAUUGAAACAUUUCAGCUCCCUGGUCCUUCCUAACCUGCCCCCUUGUAAUAAUCCUGGACAUUGUCAGUGGGACCCUGCUCCUUAUUCUGCUGUCCCAUGAUGCAUCCACAACCUGAUCACUAAGUCCUCCUUCCUUCCUCUGCCAGCCCCUAAAGGCCCCUUUGGGCCAUUUCAUCUCAUCUUGCCUUUGGGCAGGGGGCAGGAUGGCACUUCACCCAGUCCAGAGACUGAGGACAGGAUGUCUUUCUUUGGUUUGUAUUUUCCAGCUUCAUAUACCCCUCAUUCAGAAAUGUUCUGAGUGUACACUUAUUCUCCCCUGCCACUAUGCCCUGCUCCAUCUAGUAGCCAAACAAACUUGUGAGUGUCUAGUCAGGGUGUCCCCAUCUCUAUCUCACCCUAUCCCAAAAGCCUAGUAAAUAUCUAUCCUCCUGGUAAGCCCCUUGAGGGGAAGGACUUUUAUUUGCCUCUUUUUGGAUCCCCAACGCUUAGCACUGUGCCUGACACAUAAUAGUCACUUAAUAAAUGGUUUUGAUUGAUUUGAUUAGCUGUCUUCCCUCCUCCCUCAUGACCUUAGGCCCUUCAUCAGGCUUUUACGGAUUGAUCUCUCUCUUUCUCUCUCUAAUGUGCCAGACUAUGGAUGCCAGUAGGGGCCCGGAGAAAGGUCAGAAUUACGUUUGUAAACUUGUGAAGAGGUCUGCAUUGGGUGCCUAUACGCCUAGGUUCUUCGCUAUACUUGACUCUGGGUCACAGUUCUUCAUAUUUCACCAGCCCCUUCUCUCCUUCAA